AUUAACAAAUCCCAUAAUCAACAUUCAACAAGUAGCAUCGGUGACCAGAAAAUAAAAUAAACUCACAACUGAAAAAAAUGAAGUUACUUAAAUGGGCCAAGCCCAGUGGAUAGAUAGUUUCUAAUGGGCCGGUUGAGACUACGAGAGACGUCAUCAUCGAAACCAAUCCCGUCGCGGUGAUUCUUCUGCCAUGGCGAUCAUGGCCGUUGCCGCUCUCUUUCACGCCCGCUUCCCUCUUCUCCUCCGUCACAGUGUCCCGUUCACGUUUUCUCUGUCUUCUGUCAUAUACUAUCGCAGGACUGUUCCAUCCAAUGGACUCAGUACCCGAUUAUGCUCGAUUCUCCGUUAUUCAUCGUCCGACGGCGGCGGCGGCGGAGGAAGUAGUAGUGGCGAUUCCGGUAGCGUUAACGAUUCCGUUAGCGUUGUUGCAGAUGUUCAGAGUCCUAAUUACUUGAAAUUCACCGAUGAUGAAUUGAUGAAGCAAUGUAGAUUAGAGACAUUUAGAGUUUCAGGACCUGGAGGAAAACACCGGAACAAGCGUGACUCCGCCGUUCACAGCACAAGAACCGUGCUUCUGCUCUGAACCGUCUUCGUACGCUCCUGGCAAUCAAAGGUCUCUCUCAA